GUUCGAAAUAGAGGGUAGUUACCACCGCAUGUGAAGGAUGAAAAUACAGCCGAAAUAUUACUUUUCUCUCUCUUCCGUUUUCAAUAUAAUUUGUGGCAUAUAAUCGAACAGAAGAGUGUCCUUGUCAUAAAAGCUCGCUUGCCGAGAUCAACAUCGGUCUAGGACUCCAACCACCACCAGAAGCGAAAACUUGGCGAAGAGUGUAUGUUGUUGCAAUUUUGGGAAUAAUGGCGCUGAAUCUUAACCACGUCCAGGAGUGAGCAGGACACGCGACUAGUUUUUUGUAUCGUAAGAAACAAGGACAAUGACGAUGAUUGCAAACUGCCAAUAGACUUGACAAAGUGUUUCAUCAAAAUACUUCCCCUUUCCCUUACACUACUGAAGCGCCGAAGAGCCGAGUGUUGUGGAAACAGAGAUUAAUGCCAAGUGUAGUUACGAUGUGUGAUGCUGAACUUACUUAUCAAUAAUUUAGUCAAAUCUAGUGUCAAAAGUGAUAAAAACGAACCAUAGGAAGUGGAGGAAAGAGAAAUAAAAUCUAAAAUUCACUUAUACGCAAUGGAUCCCAAUAUGCCUUUUGGUUUUCCUAUUCCGGCGCAUGGCCCCCCAAUGGCACCGAACCAAUCGUUAAUUGCGACUGCAGGACAUCCGGGGCCAACACCAAGUCCACCUCAAAGCGUACCUGGGCGCCGAACUCCUUUGGGAGCUGUUGGUUUGGGAGGAUUCUAUGCUCAAUCUGGACUAUCUACAGCUGGUCUAGCCCACCAACAACCACCUACCGACGAAAAUAAACCUGGUGGAAGUCAUGAAAGAUCACAAGCUUCCAGUUCAAGUGCAACUCUCUCGAAACAGAAAAAUCGCCAGGGAAAAACUGUAAGACUGAAUAUCAACGCAAGAGAGCGUCGACGAAUGCACGAUUUGAACGAUGCUCUGGAUGAACUUCGUCGUGUAAUUCCCUACGCCCAUUCACCGUCCGUACGGAAACUUUCGAAAAUAGCAACUUUACUAUUAGCCAAAAACUAUAUCCUGAUGCAGCAGAACGCUUUAGAGGAGCUACGCCGAUUACUAACAUACAUCCAAAGUACAACAGGAGCAGCACCUCUAGAUCUAGGAUCAUUUCCGGCCGCCGCGAAACUGCAGCAACUGUUGCAAACCCCGCAGCAGGAUCCGCCGUCUGGUAGUUCAAAUUAGUUCUCAAUUAUUACUCCAGUUUGCAUUUUCUGAUAGUGCCAUAUUAACGUUUUUAUAUAAGAUUUUUGAAGCGAGUCGCAAAUAUUUCAAGCAAAACUGUGUUUAGAUUUUAAGAACGAGUAACACUUUAUUCUAGUCAAGAAGUGAUAUUUAAUUGGAUGGACAUUAUGCUUUUACUUUGAUUACCUAAGGUUAGAAUUACAAAUUUUAUAUAUGUACAUUAAGUAGAAUGAAGGUAACGAAUUUGAUGGGAAAUAAAAAUGUAGCAA